AUGAGUUCAUUAUUACGAUCAAAAGUUAUACAGAAACCGUAUCAACUAUUUCAUUAUUACUUUCUCCUGGAAAAGGCUCCUAAUUCAACCAUCAGUGAUUUGAAUUUCGAUACCAAUAUCAACUCAACUAUCCGUAAAUUGAAACAUCAUCAUUGGACUUUGGGAGAAGUUUUUCAUUAUGGGUUUUUAAUCUCAGUACUAUUGUUUGUCUUUAUCGUUUAUCCUGCUUCAUUUUUAAUCAAAUUACCAAUAGUUUUAGCAUUCAGUGUUUGUUUUUUGAUUCCUUUAACUUCCCAAUUUUUUCUUCCUGCAUUACCUGUAUUUAGUUGGUUGGCUUUAUAUUUCAACUGUGCAACUAUUCCGCAAUCUUGGAAACCUGCAAUCACCGUUAGAGUUUUACCAGCUAUGGAAACCAUCUUAUAUGGUGAUAAUUUAUCCAAUGUUUUAGCAACAGUCACUAAUGGUGUCUUGGAUAUUUUUGCUUGGUUGCCAUAUGGUAUUAUCCAUUUCAGUUUCCCAUUCAUUCUUGCAGCAAUUAUCUUUUUAUUUGCCCCGCCAACCGCUUUAAGAUCAUUUGGCUUUGCCUUUGGUUACAUGAACUUGUUUGGUGUCAUGAUCCAAAUGAUGUUCCCGGCUGCUCCUCCUUGGUAUAAGAAUUUACAUGGUUUGGAACCAGCUAAUUACUCCAUGCAUGGUUCACCAGGGGGCUUGGGCAGAAUUGAUAAAUUAUUGGGAAUUGAUAUGUAUACCACUGGGUUUUCAAAUUCUCCAGUUAUUUUUGGAGCUUUCCCAUCAUUGCAUUCUGGUUGUUGUAUCAUGGAAGUUUUAUUCUUGUGUUGGUUAUUCCCAAGAUUCAAAGCGUUAUGGGUUACUUAUGCUUCGUAUCUUUGGUGGAGUACGAUGUAUUUGACCCAUCACUACUUUGUUGAUUUAAUUGGUGGUGCCAUGUUAUCAUUAGUUGUAUUUGAAUUUACCAAAUACAAAUACUUGCCAAGAAUUAAAACCGGCUAUUUCUGUCGUUGGUCUUACACUGAGAUUGAAAGGAUAGAUAUUAAUUUGAUUGACCCUUUGUCAAACAAUUAUGUCGCUGUUAACGACACAGAAAGUAGAUUAUACACCAGAUUAUACCAAGAAACUCAAACAUCCAUGUCUCCAAGGGCUGCAACCCCAGAAGCUUUUGAAAUGUCAAAUUUUUCUAGAUCCAGACAAAGUUCAAAGAACCAAAUUCCGAUAAUGGCUGAGAAUCCUAUUACUACCGAUCUACAGACAGAAGAAGAUAGAGACGAAGUGUCCUCCAAUACUCCUUCUGUUUUUGAUGACGAACCUCCAAGCAGUACUUAUACAGUCUCGUCAACCACUUCCUUAGAUGAAAUAGAGUCAAAAAGGAUAUAA